GAUUUAUUGGGGUGUGAGCAGCCAUUUAAAAUAGCAGAGCUCCUUCCUUCAAUUCAAUAAUUCAACCCACUUGCAUCCGAAUCUCCACCACAAAUCCCCAUCCAUGAACCUCCCGGAGUUCUUCUCCGACGCCGCCUCCGGCAGCAACCGCCCUUCCCCAAGAAAGGAGGUCCAGCUGCAGGGCCCACGCCCCACCGCCCUCAAAGUCAACAAAGACUCCCUUAAAAUCCGAAAGCCCCCAAUCGCGCCGCCGCCCCACCACCACCAUUUCCCCCCGCCGCCGGAAAAUCGCCAGCCCAUCAUCAUCUACGCCGUCCCCCCCAAAGUCAUCCACACCACCGUCAACGACUACAAAGGCCUCGUCCAGCGCCUCACCGGCAACGCCACAACAACCUCCUCCUCCCCCUCCCCUUACGCCGGUGGGGCCCUCUCUCCCGCUGCCAGGCUGGCAUCUCUAGAGAAAACCACCUCUCCCAAAGAGAGAGAGAGAGAUCCCUCCUCCUCCGCCGACGCCGACGCCGGAAAUUUCGCCGUUGGAGAUUUCGUCGGAGACACCAACGUCGAGAUGGGGGCGCUUCCCGGGAUCCUGUCGCCGGCGCCGGGGAGUUUGCCUGCAAUUUCGCCGGGGUUCUUUCUACCGUCGCCGGGGACUUUUCCGGCGAUUUCGCCGGGGAUAUUAUCGCCGGCGAAUUGGGAUCCGUUCAAUAUGUUUAUCCCGAGCCCGUCAACGCUCUUCACGGCACCGAUGGUGUCACCGUCGCCGUCUUCUUGUGAUUUGUUCAAUUCAUUAUUUGACUUUUAGUUCCAUAGUGGAGCUCAAAAUAUCUUCUUUUCUUUCUUUUUUUUUACAAUUAUUAAAUUAGAAAAAUUGCAUUAACCAUGUGUCUUUUAGCUAAGUUUUUCUAGAGAGAGAAUGUGGAAAAAGAGGAGUUUUGGAUAGAGAGAAGAAACAUCUUGGAUGAUUGACACUUUGUCACAAAAGAUAAAGGUGACAUUGUUAUUUAUGCCAAAAUUGGCUUUUGAUAAGAAUGCAAUAUUGUUUGUGAAUC